UCUUCCUCCUUCUCCUCCUCUUCUUCCUCCUCCUCCUCCUUCAUUUGAUGCAAACAUCUUCCAAAUUAGUGUUUGACUGACAAAUGAAUCAGACGUUCAGUCGUCUGCUGCCGCCUGACCGACAGCUGAGACUUUAAUAAGGUUCUGAUCUAAGACUCUGAGACUCAGCAUGGGUCCUGUGCUACUGCUCAUGAUGUUGGCUGCAGAGAACUCUGAGGUCACAGCCACUCCACCUGAACACAGCACAGGUCUGAAAUUCGUUGUUGCCUUCCCGGAGAACAUCGCCUACUAUCAUCCGGUUGUGGCCCAAAACAUGGUCCAGCUCACUGCCUUGUAUGAUGACACUUCGGUCAACAUUAAAUCUUAUACCUUCGCGGAUAUAGAAAUGACCCUGAGUCAAGGAGAGUCCAAGAACUACACACUUGAUGAAAGAAUGGAAUCUAACUCACAAAGCAUCUCCGACAGAGUUCUCCAAAUUACCAGCAAUAACUUAAUCACGGUCCACGCCAUCAACCAGAAGCAGAACAGUGUGCAGACGGCUUUGGUUUUACCGACCGACAAACUGGCCAAAGAGUACCUCAUCCCGCCGGUACCCGAGAUCCAAGGAACCACUUUGCCUGUGAACAUAGUCACCGCAGGCGUAACUGAAAGAGGUCCCUUCAGACUCGUUAUCGUCAAUGGGGAAAAUGCAGGAAACAUUGUAACUGUUAAAGGUACAAACGAUGAAAAGUUUACGCUUGAGUCUAACCAUAUUGUUCAGAUCUGGUUGGGAAAAACAGAGCAAUUCCGAUCUGUGACAGCCAGCUACCCAGUGGCGGUCCUCUUUGGUCACACCUGCGCUAUGCGGAGCAGCUGCAUCUGUGGGCAGCUGUACGCCGCGCUGCCGCCAGCCAAAGAAGAGAAGCUGAAGUUCUACAUUCCACCGGCUCUGGCCAAUGGAACUGAAGCAUUUGUACUCGUGUCAGAGAAAACAGGCACCAAAAUACAGGACUUCAACCCGGCAUCGCCGCUGGUCGAGACAGCCGGCACAGCUAUCUUCUACCAUCAGGGCUUACUCCUCCCGCUGAUCCCAGAUACCGACUUCGCUGCCUGUUAUGUCGUUCACAGCAUCCUUGACACGCAGAACUUUGUAUUUAUUGUGGUGAACAAGACUUUCACUGAUGGGGUUCAUGUUGGAAAUCUUCGUUUGGAGAACAGCUGGCAGGAUCUGAAAGGGACUGAUUAUGUCUCCACAACUGUUGUUCUGGUGUUGGGCAAGAGCGUCAUCUGGCACGCCUCCUCCAAAAUGGCUGUCUAUUUCAUGGGAAGAAAGAAUGGUUCUUGGUUUGGGAACCCAGCCGCCAUCAUCAGUACAAGCCCAGAUUUCAGGGGGUGCGUCUUGUCUCCAGAGGUCCUAAAAAUUGGAGAAGUGGCAAACAGCUGGCAAGAAUCCCUGAAGUACUGCAAAGACCAGAAGAUGGAGCUGGUCAGCUUCCCUGAGGCCCAGCACCAGAGAGAAGUCUACGGAAAACUCCUCCAGGCCCAGGGCGCCAGCCGGCAGGAGGUGUGGAUCGGCAUGCGGCGCAGCUCCCGGUCUGGGGAGUGGUACUGGCUGAACGGGGUUCCUGUCAAUGACACCAACUGGGAGGAGGGGGAGCCCGGCACAGUGCACGACGGCCAGUGUGCCAUCAUGAGUCUGGACGAGAACAAGAACUUUGGCUGGAGUGACAAGGGCUGCUGUGAGGCCGCUAAACCCGUUUGCCACAUUGAACCCAUUUUACUAAACAUAUCAUAAAAGUAAUAUUAUCAGAAUCAACAUAUUUUAUGUGGGAUUUAUUUUUGAAAAACUUGCCCAGAGAAAAAAACAAAUUAUUCCAUAAUGAUCUGGUAACAAAGUUUAGUCCUUCAAAAAAAAAUCAAGAAACCUUUUUGGACAUUUGUGAAGAAGACAGGAAGUAGGUGUAGACAGGAAGUAGGUGUAGACAGGAAGUACGUAUAGACAGGACAUAUGCUACAUCCCAAGUCUUGAUUAUCGUUUCCUCGCACCUCACUUGAACUGGAAGUUUUUCAGGUAUUUGAUUGGACACGCCCCCUCACUGUUCAUCAUGUAUUUGAUUAGUAGUUUAACACCAUUAAAUCAACUGAACUGAACUGAACUGGAUUCUUAGUAGAAUGUUCCUUAAGAACUGUCCACAGAACCAGCUGUUAGACUGUCAGAUGUGACCAGCUGAUCCAGAUGUGACCAGCUGUCAGCCGUCAUCGCUUGACGCUUCCGAAGAAACGACAUCUCAUUUCUCUUAAAACAUAUUUCCUCGUUUCCUCUCUCCUUGUGUGGUUUCCUUGAGUCUCUCCAUGCAUCCCUGGUGGGAGGGACUAGGAAUUGAGGGAAACAGGGAUGCAAUUAGGAGACCUGGGAUGCACCCAGUGGUGUAGACAGGAAGUAGGUGUAGACAGGACGUAGGUGUAGACAGGAAGUAGGUGUAGACAGGACGUAGGCGAAAACAGGAAGUGUCUGUAGACAGGACAUAGGUGUAGACAGGAAGUGUCUGUAGACAGGACGUAGGUAAAAACACAAAGUAGGUGUAGACAGGACGUAGGUGUAGACAGGAAGUGUCUGUAGACAGGACGUAGGUAAAAACACAAAGUAGGUGUAGACAGGACGUAGGUGUAGACAGGAAGUGUCUGUAGACAGGACGUAGAUGUAGACAGGACGUAGGUGUAGACAGGAAGUGGCUAUAGACAGAACGUAGGUGUAGACAGGAAGUGUCUGUAGACAGGACGUAGAUGUAGACAGGACGUAGGUGUAAACAGGAAGUGGCUGUAGACAGAACGUAGGUGUAGACAGGAAGUGUCUGUAGACAGGACGUAGAUGUAGACAGGACGUAGGUGUAGACAGGAAGUGGCUAUAGACAGGACAUAGGUGUAAACAGGAAGUGGCUGUAGACAGGACGUAGGUGUAGACAGGAAGUGGCUGUAGACAGGACGUAGGUGUAGACAGGAAGUGGC